CUUUUUAAAAAAACAGCGAAGAAGUAGUAACUCAGACAAAAUGGCUGUAGGACGAAGCUAGCUGCUUGGCUAAUGUAAACAUCCACCAACAGCAGACUGGAGAGGGAGCGAAGACAACGUUACCCGAUAACUUUUUGACCCGAAUGAGAGUCAGUCUUCCCUCAAUAGGUGAAUGAUGAUGAGCCAGAGGCGAGGAAUCCAUCUGGACCAAUCAGAGCUGCUUUGCAAGAAAGGAUGUGGUUUUUAUGGCAACACUGCUUGGCAAGGCCUGUGCUCAAAGUGCUGGCGAGAGGAAAAUCAACGAGAAAAGCAAAAACAGAUUCAAGAAGACUGGGCGCUUGCUGAGAGGCUGCAGAGAGAGGAAGAGGAAGCGUAUGCAAGCAGAAAUCAGAAGACCCAAUCACAGCCGAGCAUCACACCUUUCAGCAAGUUUGAAGAAAGAAAAACUAAGGAAAAGUCCAGCAAAGUCAACACAGUCACAAAGUUUUUUACUCCAUCCAGUAAAACACCACCAAAAAAAGAUGCUGCUCUUUUUGACUCGCAGUCCAGCCCAAGUCCCAGCUCCUCAGCGAGCCGACAUUCCUUUGUGGACAGUGACCACGCAACGCGAGAGUUCAUAGAUUUUCUCAAGCCUCUGAAGUCUGGCAGGGACAUCUUCAAACAGUGUCGAGCCUUCACUGAGAGCAUGGUUUAUAAGCGGGACAUGGGUGCUGAUGAGUUGUCAGAGUGUGUGCAGGACUUCUACCAGAACCUCUCAGAACGACUCCAGACCCAGUUCAAAGGUUCGACAGAUCACGUAGAGAGUGUUAUGGAUGAGGUAGAGAAGUACAUGAUGACUCGUCUCUACAAGGAAGUCUUCUGUCCUGAAACCACAGAUGAUGAGAAGAAAGACCUGGCCAUUCAGAAGAGGAUCAGAGCCUUGCACUGGGUCACCAUUGAGAUGCUGUGUGUUCCUGUAGAUGAGGAGAUUCCUGAGGUUUCUGACAGUGUAGUGAAAGCCAUCACAGAUGUGAUUGAAAUGGAUUCGAAGCGCGUGCCCAAAGACAAACUGGCCUGCAUUACUCGCUGCAGCAAGCACAUCUUCAACGCCAUCAAAGUCAGCAAGAAAGAGGCUGCAUCUGCAGACGACUUCCUGCCCACGCUCAUCUACAUUGUGCUGAAAGCGAACCCUCCGCGACUGCAGUCCAACAUCCAGUACAUCACCCGUUUCUGCAACCCCAGCAGACUCAUGACUGGAGAGGAUGGUUACUAUUUCACUAAUCUGUGCUGUGCUGUGGCCUUCAUUGAGAAGCUGGAUGGCCAGUCCCUGAACCUAAGCACUGAGGAGUUUGAGCUCUACAUGUCAGGCCAGGCUUCCCCCCACUGGCCACAGGCCUCUGGAGCCUCCUCCUGCUCUCCAGGCAGCACAGCUCUCAGUCAGGUCCACAAAAGGCUGGACCUGCUAACUGGACUCGGGGAAAGACAGGAGCGAGUCAUGGAGAAGGCUCGGCAGCUGGAGAGCGACCUCAUUGACUGGACGGAUGAAGUGGAGCAGAAGGUGCAGAGCGUCCUGGAGAGCUUUCCACCGGAGACGCAGAACCCUCCUGCAAACACUGCCAGCGGGACGACAUCUGCAGCAUCAUCAGCGAUCGACUCCGAUAACGUCGAGAACGAGCUUCUUCCUCCACCUCUGACACCACAAGUGUUUGCUGGUUGAUAUGAAGAUCCACAAUAAUCCUCUAGAGGCUUUACUCCACCCUCUCCCUUGUCCCUGCUGUUAAACUUUGCUGUUCGUACGUUUGUACAGCAGCUCUCUGUUACGGAAACUAUGUCUGCUCCAUCCAACCUUCCAGGGACAGUUUGGCAUUUUUUUACACUUAUUUGCUUUUUUACAGAGAGUUAGAUGAGAGGAUUGAAGCCACUUUAAUGUCUGUACAGGAUAGUAUGAAGCUGCAGUCAUUUGCUUUUUAGCGUAGCUUAGCAUAAAGUUUGAAAACAGGAGGGGACUGGUAGCUUGGCUGUCCACAUGUUACAAAAUUGAUCUACCAGCACUUGAAAAACUCACAAGUUACCACAUUUUCUGUUGUUUUAAUUUGUGAAUGGAAAGGACACGUUAUUGAGCUUCAUAGUUGCAAUGCUACCUGUUUUACCUGAUUCCAGUCUUCGUGCUAAUCUGAGCUGACACUGUCCUGGCUGCAGUUUUGUACUAUAUUUACCUGACAAAUGUGUUGGUGGUAUUGGCCUUCUCAUCUCACUCUCCACCUGAAAGCAAAUAGGUAUAUUUCCCAAACUGUUCAACUAUUUCUGUAACAUCAGGCAACAUGAGGUGGAGUCCUGGAGGGAAAGUACACUCCAAGUAUUUUGUCCAGAGAGGAAAGUCAAUGAUUUGUUGCAGCAACGUCUGUUACAAUUAAUAAUAAGCAGAAAAGAAGUAUAUACAAGUACAAUGAAGGUGCUCUUAGAUAGGGGAGACAGAAGUUUAAAAAAGAAAAAGAUUUCAAGUCACUCCUCUGGCAAAAAAGCCUUUACUGAGAUGGCUUUUUUAUGAUAAAAACAUAGACAGUAGUAGUGCAUAUGAAAAUAGAGCUUCGAUAAUCCAGCAUGCUCUUGCUUUCUACAAGUGAGGCAGGCCGGGAAACCGCCUGAAGGCAUCCUGUGAGAUGCCCAGAUCACCUGAACUGGCUCCUUCUACAGCAGCAGAGCAGAAUAUCUCCACUCUAAGCUCUUCCCAGACACAUCACUUUGUCACCCACAAUGUCAUCCUCAGUACCUCAGUACUUCUUAUUUUUUAAUCACUGUUACAUUUCUGUGUACAGGAUGCAUUACUCGGUUUUUAAAAAAAGUUUCAGACGUAUAUCACAACUUUUCAGACAAGGUUUUUGUCCUCAUGUUUUGUCGUGUCUUCAGGUGUAAAUUCAUCAGCUGAGGUUCAGACUGACAUGAAGAACAUUUACUGCCCGAGUAACGGCAAGGAAAUUAACAGGAAUUUUCAGUAAAUUAUGGUUUCAGGUAAAAGAAAUGGGGAAAUGAGAAUGACUCCACUUCCCCUCACUUAAUUUCCUUUCCAGCCCAUUCUUGUGAUUUGUGCUGUAUUUAGUGUUAUUUCCUGUCUUAGAGAGAAAGUAGCCAGAGAGAAAGGGUGUGUGUGUGUGUGUGUGUGUGUGUGUGUGUGUGUGUGUGUGUGUGUGUGUGUGUGUGUGUGUGUGUGUGUGUGUGUGUGUGUGUGGCGGUUGUGCAUGUGGCCAAGUGUGCGUGCGUCUUGCAUGGAGAUGCUCCAUUAUUGUCGAUAAAUCAACAAGUCCUCCAGUUGUGCGUGCGGGUAUUGUAGUCUCGUUUCCAUGGCAGACCUCUCAUUCCAGUCAUAAGCUGGAUGUACAGAAGUGAUUUUAUUUUUCUAUAGAGUGGCAGGUAUCAAUUCUUCUGGAUGCAAUAGGAGACAUUAAUCCUGUAAUAUUUACAGUAGUUAACAUUGCUUGAAGACAUGUUAUAUGAAUUCUAAUGAUUGAAUAGUCUCAAGAAGGUGUCAGCAUGUCCACUAAAAGAACGGUUUUAGGCGAAUUAUUUUCAUCAUUAUUGUUUGCUCUGACAGAGCUGUUGGAUUACAAGAAAACAAAGAUGAUGCUGUUUCCUUGUAAACACAAAACAUAAAAAUCACUCCCGAGGCUGUAUUUGCUUUACUAGUGCAGAAGAAUCAACACGACCAGUUUAAUUUAUUUUAAAGCACUUUUGUUUGAUUUUAGAGUGAAAGAAUGAAAUGUUAACAUUAUAAUUGAUGAAAACAGUGUUGCCACACAGAUUUAGACAGCUGUCUGUUGGCAGUCUUCUAGUGAAGGAAAUGUUCAGUAAAAUUGUAUGUUUGAAAAAACACGAAAGGCACAUCUUCUUUUCCAGUUCACCAUGAGCUACGUUUUCCUUAUGUUGCUAGACUUGAAUCUUUUUGUUCACAUUUGCAACAGUGUAGUCAGUGUGCAGUUGCUGUCGAAUAUUAGUUUGAGAAAAGCCUUUUAAUGCAAGUUUAAACUACAGCUUGAAUAACUUCAUAUUGCACUGUAUGCAGAAGCCAUUUAUCAGGUGUUUUAAAACAUCAUCUUUGUUACCUUUUAGGUUUGUUCUGAUAUCACAUGGGAGAAAUUAACUCAAUACUGUCUUUUAUUUAAAAGUAACUUAUUGGGACAGUAUUGGUAUAUUUGCAUCUAUGGGUGUGUGAUGAUUAAUAAAAAUAGAAAGUGCA